UAGCUGAUAGUAUUUUAAUGGUGAAGUGAAUAUGGGCUUAUAUUGCUUUUUUAGUUUUUUAUUUUAUUUUUAUUUUUUAUUUUUAAACCAACCCCACUUUCACCGUAAAAGUGAUACGUAAUACAAAAUACUGUUUAAAAAAAUAAAAUAAAAUUGAACACCCCCCUCAGGCCCUCAAAAGUUCAACUGCAUCCACCAAACAGGCAAUCAUCCCCUAUCAGAAGUCAGAAGUUCAACUUUCCAACUUGAAUCAUCGGCGAUUCAUCUAAUCUCACUACAAAAAUGUCAAAAAAAGUGGUGGUUUUCGACUUCGAUCGAACAAUUAUCGAUGGAGAUAGCGAUCGUUGGGUGAUUACCCACUUGGGUCUCUCUCCUUUAUUCAAUCAGCUCUAUUCCACUUUGCCAUGGAACUCUCUCAUGAAUAGGAUGAUGGAGGAGCUUCAUUUUCAAGGGAAAACAGUUGAAGAUAUUGGAGAUUGUUUAAAGCAAAUGCCAUUACAUCCGAAGAUUAUAUCAGCAAUUAAAUCUGCUCAUUCUAUGGGGUGUGAAUUGUGGAUUGUAAGUGAUGCGAAUCAAUUUUAUAUCAAGACAAUACUGGAACAAUAUCAAUUGUUAGGGUUCUUCAAAGAAAUGAUAACGAAUCCAACUUUUGUUGACGAUGAAGGAAGGCUUAGGAUUAUGCCGUAUCAUGAUUUUAAGUUGCAUCCUCAUGGUUGUACUCUUUGCCCUUCCCACAUGUGCAAGGGACUGAUUCUUGAGCGUAUACAAGCUUCUGCUGGAGAAAACGGGAAGAGUACUACCAUCUAUAUUGGUGAUGGUGGAGGUGAUUACUGCCCAAGUUUGAAAAUCAGAGAAACUGAUCAUGUCAUGCCGCGAAAGAAUUUUCCUUUGUGGGAGCGUAUCAAUAGCGACCCUUCCCUCGUCAAGGCCAGUGUCCAUGACUGGAGCAAUGGAGAAGAGCUUGAAUCUACGUUACUUCAUCUUAUAAGUACAGUUGAUGGAAACCCUUCUUUAUAUGCUUCUACUGAGUCCGAUUUAACGAGCAAAGUCCAGGGUAAGACUGCUGCAACCAUUGAAUUAUGUCAUAGUCUAUGACCCUCCUUGGAUUUUAACAAUCAUUUUUAUGUAAAUCAUCAAAUGUAAAGUAUUUGCUGAAUCAUCAUUGAACUGAUAGACUUUACAUCACAGCAAAACUUGAAAGGAAAACACAUGUUAUACGUCUUAUGGUGUAAUGUUUAUUUGGUGCAGCUCUACAGGUACACUUAUUUUCAUUUA